CCACAACCCACCGACUCCCCAUUGACGGCCGAUGCGAAGACACCGCGUCGCGUCGCCAUGAGCUCCCGAGUCCACGUCCUACGCCUCUACAGGCGGUCCCUCAAGCUUGCCCUCGACUGGAGCGUCCAUCGAUACCUCUGGCGCGGACAGGCCUUGUACAUCCGCAGUCUCUUCGAAGCCAAGAGAAACAUCACAGAGCCCCGACAGCAGAGGGAGCUGAUCAAGGAGACCGAGUUGUUGCUGGAGAAGUGGAAGCACCCCGACCCAUACCGCCCACCCACGGCACCAGGAGGAUCCAAGUACGAGCGCAACUUGCCUUGCCCCAUUCUUGACCCGCCCCCAAAGUUGAUUUUGUAGACGCCCAAGCACGCGGGCUGGAGGCCUAUCAUGGAAGCAGUUUGUACAUAUAUUGUCUACGCUGCACCCCACAGUAGCGUGCUAGGAACUCAGUGCAAUCAAACUUAAAUCUACCAUUACUGCAUAU